GUUCGUACUAUAUGGUGUCUUGCAAAGUAGUUUCGUGGUUCCUUCCACGUCUCAGCAGACGAUCAAGUGUAAAAGUGCAUGAGUCCGUUUUGGUUUGCAGCAUGGGGGAAGACGGUGUUGUGGCCAGGCUUUGCAAUGUGAAGGCGCUGUUGGGGAUCCUAGCGGGGGCUGGAGCUUCCUACGGGAUAUACAAACUUGUGAGCCGGGUGCGGAGUGACUGUGGGCGUGGCGGGCGCACGAGCUCCACGCGCGAGGAGGGCAGCCGCGCUGAGAGGAGGCCCGCGCUGCAGCCGGGGACGCUGCUGGCCAAAGUGUCCGGGAUCCCUCUGCUCCGGGGCAGCGACAGACGGGCCGCCGCCCUCCGGUCUAGUGGUGCGAUGGAGCCGCAUCACGUGGAGAAGCUGCUCGCGCUGCUCCAGAGCGGCGCCGCGGAAAAGGUCCACGUGCUGGUGACGCUGGGAAAUUGCGCAGCCUUUUCCCACAACCAGGACCUUAUUCGAGAGCUGGGUGGCCUUCCUGUCAUUGCCGGUUUGCUGUCGGACCCUCUGCCGGAAGUGAGGGCGCAAGCCCUGAAUGCGCUGAACAACCUGAGCAUGAAUGUCAGGAAUCAGGAGCAGCUUAAGGUCUAUGUGCCCCAAGUUUUGGAGUUAAUAGAAAUGUCUCCGGUGAAUUCUGACCUUCAGCUGGCCUCUCUGAGGCUGCUCACCAAUAUGUCUGUGACAAAUAACCAUCAGCAUCUACUGAGGAACUCGAUAACUCUCUUUCUGUCACUUCUGGUUGUGAGCAAUGAAACCUUGCAGAUUCAGGUUUUAAAAGUGCUGGUGAAUUUAUCUGCCAAUCCAGAAAUGAUGGAGGACAUUGUGCAAGCCCAGGCUCCGGCAUCACUGGUCCUGCUGUUUGAUGGACGCACGCAUCUCGAGGUGCUCCUGCGGCUGCUCACCUUUGUCGGGAACCUGAAAACCUGGCAGGACUCGUUCCUUACUGCGGCGCCCAUAGGGGGCCCAUCUUGCCAUGGCAGAGACUCCGUGUACCGUGUGCUGCUGGCCGAGAACUCAGAGCUCCGCCACCGGCUCCCAGCACUGCUGUCACACCCUGAUGUGGAGGUCAAGGCUCAGGUGGCUCGCCUGCUCACCUAGGACCCCAGCUGUGCCCAAACUCCCCCUACCAUGCCAUGCCUUACCACCUACACUUGCAUUUAGAAAGAAGGUGCUGAGUGGAUGUGUCUUUCGUUGUGUCUCCUUUCCGGAGACUGUCACACACGUAUGUCCACAGGAAUGAACCUCAAACCUGCUGCCCAUCUGUGAGAUGUGGUGAAUGUGUCAGAGAACCACAGGGCCUUCCACCAUCUGCCCUGAUGCACCUAGGUGUUUGUGAUGUAUAACAGGACAAGCUAGUUUCCGAGAGGUGCAGCCCUGGUCUAUUCUUCUCAGCAGAGAUGUCCUGUCUUGGAAGUUUUGUCUUUGACAGUCCAGUUGUGCUCUCAGGCUUUCUUUACUUAGAUUGGAGAUGCCAAGACAACUAAUAUGUGCCAUGUUGGCAUUGUAUUCCCGUGGACUUCUAACUACUUUGAAAUAAAAGCAUAUUUAUUUUAUU